AAAAAAAAAAAAAAAAAAAAGCAGCAUUUGAUGCUGAGUGGUACUUGGAUGGAGAGGGUGAUCCAGAGAGGAGUGUGCAUGGGUGAGGACAAUGGGGCAAACCCACUCUUUCUUUGAAGUUGGCAUCGUUUGUCUCAUGGGUAGACAGGAGGGAUGUGAGCUGGGGAAGGGCAUUUGGAUUAACUCAGGACGGAGGGGGUUGUCUCUUUGUAAGGAGGUCAGCAUGAGCUGUUUCUUCCAGACAAUGAGCUGUGUGUGAGUGACCCUGAUUGCUUGGGAACGUGAGUGGAUCAGGGAGAGAAAUGGGGAUAUAGAUGUGUUUUUCUUUCUUGUCUGGAGCCGUGUGCCAGUGAAAUGUGGAAGUCUGCAGUGCUCUUUGGAAAGAUGUCCCUAGAGACCUGCCUUUGUUGUAACUUCUUUAAAUCACUUUUAACAAACACAGCCCUGAGCACCUGACAGUGGUGUUUGUAUAGUUCAGAGCCUUCACCUACUCUCACUGGAUUUCUCAAGAUAUUUAUUCAGAGCUUGUCAUGCCACUUUGCUGCUCUUCAGGUCUCUGCAACGCCCUGUGGCACAGACAGAGGUGGUUUCCCUACUGCUGGGAUUCUGAAGGCACGAAGGACACAGUGACACUUUCUUGGAGUGAGAAUCCUCGGAACUAGAUUUGAUUGUCCUAUAGACAGCUACCCUGGUGCAGAUGCAGCCAGGAGGUGUCCUCUGGAGCAUGGGAGAAUCUGAGCACCUCCGGGGUCUGUGGUCAGAUGUGAUGGCUGUCCAGGAGAAUGCAGCUGUAGGAAAAGAGAUGAAGGACUAGAGCUAAGACAGGGAUUCUUGACUCAUGAGAAAUUCAAGGUAAUCCUCCUCAAGGGAUGUGCUGCCUGCCUUCCUGCAGGGGAGUAUAGUGAAUGCCACAAAGCCACUGGUAACUGAUAACUCGUUACCCAGUGGGGACUUGUGCUUCUGGCAGAGGCUUGUGGUGAGAUGGUCCAGAGCCUGACCGAGGGGAUCUUUAAAAGCAGAGUCUGAGUCCCCAUCAAAUGGGCUUUGCUGUUACAAAGCCUUAGAAAAGUGAUCUAAAGCCCGUGUGGCUGUGGUAGGAGCUGUGAUUAGGAGUGGUCUGCUAAUAGCCCUCACUUGCACCCUGGCUUAAGUGGAGGUGCUCACGCUCUGCCAUACCUUUAAAACACAGGUUGUGGCAUUGCUGUGCCCCUUUUAUUUAACCUCCAGCUGAUGAGGGCAGCUGGACAUGUGCAGGGAGGGAGAUGCAGGUUCAGUCCUCUCCUCACUUCCCCCCCCACCCCCCACCCCAGUGUCUGUGUCCAUGCAACAGUGAUGGGUCAGGGCUGGUGCUUAGGAAGAAGUGGAGGAAAUGGGGCAAUGCCAACCUUUUAGUGUGUCUAAGACAGUUGAGGUAGUAGUUGAGGGUUUGGGGUCUUUGAUUCACUCACCAUUGUCAGAGAUAGUAAAUUCUUGUCACCAUUUCAGUGCUACGGUGGUCCUUUGCUUUUCAGACACCCCUCUCAAUACUGUAUUGUCCUCUUGUCUCCUUCACUGCUUCCCAGCCAGGAUGCAUAGAAUGAUGAAAGAAGAAUCCAGUUUCAGGACAAGCAGCCUGGAGAAUGUGACAAGGGACCCAAGCAAAGAAAAGCUGCACAUGAAGCUCUGUAGUGGGUCCUGCCAUGCUGAGCAAAUCCUCCAGACACUGAACACCUACCGGCAGAGUGGUAUCUUUACAGAUGUGGUGCUAUUAAUUGAUGGACAAGAAUUCCCCUGUCAUCGUGCCACUUUGUCAGCCAACAGCAAGUAUUUUCAGGCCAUGUUUGGUGGUAAUCUCAAGGAAAGCCACCAGGAUAUCAUUAAUAUUCAAAAGAUAUCUGCUUCCACUAUGUCUCUCCUUCUUGAUUAUAUGUAUGGGGGGAACAUCAUUAUUCAGGAGGACAACGUUGAAGGAAUCUUGGAACUGUCUGACUUGCUGCAGAUCUCCAAGCUCAGAGAUGCUUGUAUCACCUUCCUUGAAGGCCAGCUUCACCCAUGCAAUUGUUUGGGCAUCAUGAAGUUUGCCGAUUCAUUCUCCAUUGCAUCCUUGACAGAAAAGAGCAAGAGGUUCAUGCUGGAGUGUUUUGUGGAGGUGUCAUGUCAUGAAGAGUUCCUGGAAAUGGGUGUGAAGGAGCUGGUUGAAUAUCUGUCUGAUGAGCAGCUGGAUGUCCCCAAAGAGGAAGUGGUCUUUGAAGCUGUCAUGCGCUGGGUACGGCAUGACAUACCUGCUAGGAAGGGAGCCUUGAAGGACCUUCUUGAGCACGUGCGCCUGCCUCUGCUUGACCCUACCUACUUCCUGGAGAAGGUGGAAACAGAUGGACUCAUCCAGGACUCAAAGGAGUGUGUUCCUCUGCUGCAUGAAGCUCGCAAGUACUAUAUCCUCGGGAACGAAAUCAGCUCUUUGCGAUCAAGGCCCAGAAGGUUCAUGGAGCUGGCAGAAGUCAUCAUCAUCAUUGGAGGCUGUGAUAAGAAAGGCCUUCUGAAGCUGCCCUUUACAGACCUCUACCACCCGAAAAGCAGGCAGUGGACAGCCCUCUCCAGCAUGCCUGGCUACACCAAGUCAGAGUUUGCUACCUGCACGCUGAAGAACGAUGUGUACAUAUCAGGAGGACACAUCAGCAGCAAUGAUGUUUGGAUGCUGAGCUCCCAGCUGAAUGUCUGGAUCAAGGUUGCUUGUCUGCAGAAAGGCCGAUGGAGGCACAAAAUGGCAACACUUCAGGGCAAGAUCUAUGCCGUAGGAGGCUUUGAUGGUUUUUACCGCCUCUCUAGUGUGGAGUGCUAUGACACCUUCUCCAACAGCUGGUCAACCUUGGCUCCACUGCCUCAAGCUGUGAGCUCAGCAGCUGUGGUGUCCUGCCUGAACAAGCUCUAUGUGAUGGGUGGUGCUGUGGAUGACACCGCUAACACUGACAAGGUCCAGUGUUAUGAUCCAGAGAACAACAAGUGGACGCUCUUGUCUCCCACUCCUUUUUACCAGAGAUGCAUCAGUGCCGUCUGCCUGGACAAUAUCAUUUACGUUGUAGGUGGACUCCUCAGUAAAAUCUUCAGCUACAAUCCAAGAAAAGAUAGCUGGCAAGAAGUGGCCACCCUCCCUGGGCCUCUGGAGAGUUGUGGCCUGACGGUGUGUGAAGGGAAGAUUUAUAUCCUGGGUGGCCGAGAUGAGAAUGGAGAAGGCACGGACAAAGCUUUCACUUUUGACCCAGUAACAGGAAUCGUGGAGCAGCAGCCGCCGAUGCAGCGCUGUACCAGUUAUCAUGGCUGUGUGACCAUCCUGCAGCGCAUGAACAGAUGACCAUGGGGCUCCACCUGCAUCCACCACCCACCCAGAGCCUCCUCUUUAGAUGGUGGCUACUCAGUGUGUGGACAGAAACCUCACCUGAUUGGGGGGAAGGGCAAUAUGAGCCACUGAAGGUGAUGUGCUUCAGCCAGCCGGUGAUCAGACACUGUUUUGCUUUUCCUGGCCCAGUGAUGCCGAUGGCUUUGCUGAAUGAGGUGAGAGGAUGAAAGGAAACUGCAUUACAGACCUUGUCACAUUAGGAUUCCAGAGUCCUUACGUCCCUCAAAACUACCAUAUUUGACCUUCACUUAGAUUUUCCUGGCUGUGGACUACAGAUUUCCAUUAUGUUGGCAACAGAAGUUCACUGACCUGCAAGGACAUGUAUUUGCUGCUUUCUGAUGCCCAGGACAGUUGCAGUAACAAUUAUAGUUACAGGAUACAAUUCUUUUGCUAAAGCUGUCAGAUAUUUUUGCAUUUAACUCUGUAGAACCUUGUGUCAAACCAUGCUGGUGACCUAAAUGGCCAUUAAUGUCAAUGAGCUAGUCUCAUUACAGUGGAGAGGUGAGAUUGAGACUUCAAAACUGAUAUUCCAAGGAAAUUUCUCCACUAGAUCCCUAAAAGCCUGGUUAAAUACUCUUAAGUUCUGACUAUUCUGCAUGUGCUGUAUGAGGGUCUACUCCCCUAAGACAGAGUGUACUGUCUCUUUUCAUACGUGUUUUGUGGUUGUACUGCUGUCUCACUGUGCUUGUCCCUGGAGGUGUUCAAGGCCAGGUUGGAUGGGGCCUUGGCCAGCCUGAUCUAGUGGGAUGUCCCUGCCCAUGGCAGGGGGUUGGAACUAGAUGAUCUUUAAGGUCCCUUCCAACCCAAACUAUACUGUGAUACUAUGAUACUGGAACUGGUAAGUUCUGAUGGGUCCAUGUAAACAUUCAAGUUGUUAGGGACUUAGUUGCUGCCAAAAGUAGAGUGGGGUGUCUUAAAAACUCCCAUUACUUGUACAUUGCAGGGUGCACCCUUCUACAGCAGGCUGCUGACUGGCUGCUAUUUUCUCUGCACCUUCCUUUCCUUGCCCCAGUGAUGACUUCUUCCUGAACUAGAGGAAAUGACUAUGUCUACUGGCUCAGAUACUCCCCCUUUCAGGGCCUUUUAGUAAUCUUAAACUUCUUGUUGUUGCCUCCUUCCCCCAUACAUGUGGUUUUUUUCUGGUUCUCUUUAGUACUUCUGUUUUCUGUGAGCUCUGAGAAGUUCACUUCUUCAUGAUGAUAUCAGAUUUACCUGUAAAACAGGAAAUGCAUGCUCUUCCAUUGCCCAAGAGACAAGACAAGGUGUUUCACUGAGUGAAACACCAUAUGCUCCUCAUAGUCAUGUCUGGAAAGUCUCAGGCCUAUGUUGGCCAUUUUAUAUGGACGUUCUCAGCCUCUAAUUCUCCUUAAGGCUUGUGCUCGUAGAUGUGCCCUUUUAUCAGAUCAUGAACAGCACAAUGUGUCCUUUAAAGCAAUACAAAGGAGAUUCGAUGUUGGUAUAGGUUAUUCCCAGGGAGAGAGAAAAAGGAAAUUCACCCUGCUAAAAAGCAAUUUUAUUAGCAAUCAAAUUGCAUCCAUAGCUGUGUCUUUAAUGGGAAUGGUUAUUUCAGGAGAAACUGGCAUGUCUCCUUUGGUUUGUUAAAUCGUCACAAAAGAAAUUAUGAGGAGGUCAACUCAUGCUGCAAUAGCCUUCAAGGCCAGAGAGACCCUUGUACUCCUAUAGCCUGAUCUCCUGAGAACUACAAACCACAGUCCGUCGCUCCUACUCAGUUUUGCCUCUUUUUUUUUUCCUCCAUGCCUUAAGGAAUUCAUUGCUUUGGUAUGGAUACCCCUUCAAAGUGUGUGGCUUGGGACUCAGUAUCUCCACCUUGUGUCAUGAUUCAUACAACCAAGGAGGUUCUCAAUUUUCCACAGACUGUCUCAUUAGCACAUAGUCCACACUUGGGAAAACACUGCUGGUGUCUCAAGAGAAUGAGCACACCCAGAGCUUGCGAGGGCAUACAUGGAGCAAAGUCGCUCACUUGAGGAUGGUGACCUUCUAAAAGGGAUGGACCUCAUGCCAAAUUUCUGCCUCGCCAAAGGUAUAUAGAACAGGGCUGUGAACUCAGACAUACCUUGCUUGGCUGUUAGUAGAUCUUUGUGCUUGUGUUCUUCAAAAUAGCAUAAUUAUAUAUCUUUCUGGACAUCACAAUACCCUUGACAGGAAAAGGUCCAGUUGCACUUAAAAUUUCUCUUUCCAUGGUCUUUCCUGAUAUUCCUAAAGCCUCCUGGGAAUUAAGCACACUCAAAAGGGUAGAAGAUAUUCUCCUCAGCUUUCCCAUGUGCUUUUGAUGUGUGGUGUGUUGCCAUAGGUGUUAACGUGGUGGUGGAAGUUGUGGUAUAGAUACUAAAACAUUUGUUCGUUCUUGGUCCUGAUAUUCAUUGUACCACUGAAAUGUGUUUGUAUUUUGUAAGGGAUGUGAGCUGUGGGCAUGCAAGGGAGGGUUAGGGAAGGAAUUCAACUUGGUUUUACUUAGAAAUAAAUAUUCAUCUUGAUUCCCAAGUGUUUUGGCUGCAGGAACUUCAUUUGAGCAUAUUGCUUCAUAGUAUUAAAAAAAAAAUAUAUUCAGGGAACAUCAGAGGAGUGUUGGGAACAUCAUCCUUGAGGAGUCCCAGCUUUUGUCUGGGAUACUUGACUUCUCUGUCUAAGCAAAUAGGAAAUUCAACAUAUUGCUUUUUGUCUGCAGGGAAUAAUAUCUUUAACUAUUAUAAGGGGUUAUGGCCAAGUCAGUGUAAAGAAGGUGUUUGUACCAUUCAAACCCAGCUGAAGAUUGGGGAAAAUUUUACUUAUAUUUUGGCAUGAUCAAAAGAGUAUUUCCAGAGAAAACGAAGAAUUAUUUGUUUUGGCAGCUUCUUGCUCUUCCUUGAUGUGACAGAAGAAUACAAAGCAUGAAACGGUCUGCCACUACAAUUUAAUACAGUUUCUGAGAAGAAUUUUCUCAGACCACAUGUAAAGCACCUCCUUGCUGUGUUGACAGUAAUAUGCAGACUUGUCUUGGGAGCUCUGUAUAACAAAAGAUGUAGAAGAAAGUAGUGAUCAUCUGCAAAGCGUGUGCAGUAGUUUCAGUUUUAUGUAUUUAGGCUUUUAAAAACAAAAUAAAUGACUUUUUUUUGCACUCCAAAACAG